CCACUGCUGGAUUCCUUGGCCUUUUCUUUUUUUGUUUCUUUCUUCCUUAAGUUGUUGCUGGUUCGUGCGUUUUAGAGCUUGUCCUUUUUCUCCCUUAACAACCACGGGCAUUUUUGGUGCAUUGCAUUAAUAUCCAUACCAACUAAUUACCUUAAUAUUGGGCUGAUUUGGAAAGUCUGCAGAGUACAGACAGGUUUUGGGAGGGGAAAAAGGAAAGAAGAAAAGGCAGCCCGCUCAGACUCGUUCGACUAUACUCCUCGCCUAUCGUCCACUUUGACCUCCCUAUUUUCAUGCCCUCACUCUCUAUCUUCUCGCAAACAGACAUAUCUUAAACCGAACCCUUCCAUUCACUCCAACUCGAGAUAAUAGCAAUCCAAACCAUUUUGUAGGAGGCUGGUCCUUCCUCCGUUCCCUAUGAACAUGUCCGCAUCCCAAGAUCCCCCGCCAGAAUCUCAAAAAUGGCCCCAGCAUCGCCAGGAGUCCACGGCCACAGAUACCCAUUCGAUCGACGGCUCAACCACGUCGGAGGAUACUAUCGAAUUAGAGGCGCUGGCUCAGAGCUUGUCCGCGCAUGCAUCGCGACUGUCCCAACCCUCUUUGGCUCGGAAAAUCACAUCCAUCGCAACCAACGGCACGUCGGAUCCGAACUACGAGGUCGAUUUCGAGGACGAGGCGGAUCAAACAAAUCCCAAGAACUGGUCGCUGAAGUACAAGGCUUUCGGCAUUGCGGUGCUAUCUUAUAAUACUCUGAUCGUCGUCCUGUAUUCGACCUCGUACACGUCCGGUGUGGCAGAGAUCGCUGCGGAAUUCGACUCCUCUAAUACCAUCGUCACCUUGGGCUUGACAUUCUAUUUGAUUGGCCUGGCGAUAGGCUCCAUGUUCAUGGCGCCCUUGAGCGAGGUGUACGGGCGAAAACCGGUUUCCAUUGUCUGUCUGUUCAUCUUCACCGUGUUGAUCAUCCCCUGUGCCCUGGCCAAAUCGGUAGAGGCACUCAUCGUGGUACGCUUCAUUGGCGCCUUGUUCGGAAGUGUCAUGAUCUCCACCGCCCCUGGAAUGGUAUCGGAUCUGGUGAAUGAUGAGCAGCGGGCUCUGGCCAUGUCGAUUUGGAGUAUUGGUCCCGUAAAUGGUCCAGUGCUGGGCCCUAUUGUUGGAGGAUUUGUCACCCAGUACUUAGGAUGGCGAUGGAUGUGCUGGAUAGCAUUGAUCUUGUCGGGCGUGGCGCUGGCCCUUUGCUGUAUCAUGGAGGAGACGUACGGGCCCAUCAUCCUGCAGAAAAAGGCGGCGCGUCUGCGCAAGGAGACCGAUGAUUCGCGCUGGUGGAGUCGAUACGACCAGAAGACCAGCCUCGGAGAGAUGUUGAAAGUGAAUUUGGGACGGCCAUUCGUUAUGGCCGUAACCGAGCCCAUCUGUAUAUUCUGGAACAUCUAUAUUGCCAUCGUUUACGGUAUUCUUUACCUUUGCUUCACGGCCUACCCCAUCGUUUUCCGUGACAUUCGCGGAUGGUCGCUAGGCCUCUCGGGUUUGGCAUUCUUAGGCAUCGGCACCGGUUGUCUCAUCACUAUCGCAUGCGAACCGCUGAUCCGUCGGAUGAUCAACAGCCACCGCAUCGACCCUGAGACCGGAAAAGUGCCCCCGGAAGCCAUGGUGUCGAUCGUCUGUAUCUCUGCCAUUCUCAUCCCCGCCGGUGAGCUUUGGUUCGCUUGGACCUGCGCCCCGGCUUCCAUCCACUGGAUAGUGCCCAUUCUGGCAGGCGUUCUCUUUGGCGCGGGAAACACCGGCGUCUUCAUAUACGCUUCCAACUAUCUUACCUACAGCUACGGCGUGUACGCUGCAUCCGCCAUGGCAGGUAACUCCGUCAUACGGAGUGUCCUGGGAGGUGUCCUGCCACUUGUUGGCUCGUAUAUGUAUGCGGGCAUCGGACCCAAUUGGUCCGGUACACUGCUGGGCCUGCUCGAAGUUCUCAUUAUCCCAAUCCCGAUUGUGUUCUAUAAAUAUGGGUACAGGAUCAGAGAGAAGAGCACAUUGAUCAGGCGCAUGCAAGAAGAUAAAAGACGACUGGAAGGAAAGCGGAAGCGACUGAUGCAGCGGCUGGAGGCUGCUGCCGCCCAAGCGGAGGCAACAGAGAAGGAGAAGAUGGACGUAUGAAGAGGAGAUGAAAUGGAAGGUAUGUGUUGAGGGCAACGCUGAGAUGUCGGUCAUGACUGCUCUUCAAUGUUUGAUUUUCGCAUAUAAAAGUUCUUAUUCCCCACAGGGUUGGCGCGACUUGGCUUGGUCGCUCCUCUCGAGGUGCAUAUAUGGAAUAUUUGGUCAAGGCCAGCCAUAAUUCAUGAACAUAGUCAGACAAAGAUAAUAGUUAAUGAGUCACUAAUGAAUGCAACGAAGACUUUCGGUUUACCGCAUCUUCGGGCAAAGGAAGCCCGCAUCAAUAAGGGAUCAUUCAGACUGGUCGUUGGACUCUCCGCUCGACCUCCAUCGAUUCAUGAAGAAUCCUUUCGUAUUCUCCAAGUGCGAUUGCACCGGCGGCAAAGACCAUGACCGCCUCGAUGUAGACGGUCUCACCGGCAUUCAUUGAACGUCUCACGUAGCCGAGCACAUUGACCCAUGCGCCCACGCGCAGCUCCUCCGACGUGACCGUCUCUAGGACUGCGUUGAUAUCAACCGAUAUGGUUGGUAAAUCAGAGAUUGAUUUCCGCCGGGGAUAAUUAUGCUCUAGUAUUAAAUGGCCUGUGGAAACGGAAUAAGUUCUUACACUAAAAAUUGGGCACAAUGCCACAAGGGCGACGAAUCAGCGGAUGAACGAGAGCGUCAAAGUGUCAUAUGAACAGCCAUUAUAUGUUCAAUCAACACGAGUAGAACCACGGGAAUAACAAAAAAUCAGAUGAUCUACGCACCAGCCCAGGAAACGGACCUUGCAGUCGGCGGGGAGAGCGGCGAGGUCGGAGAGAAAGGCUCUCCUGGAGGGAAGAGGACCGUUCAUCCCUCGAAAGCCCGAAGUGAAAGAGACAUCACCGACAAGAGCAAGGAGAUCGAGGG